UUUCCAUAAAAUAAUCUCCAAAAAGGCCCCCAGCAGAAUAUUCGAGAGGUAUUCGGAUUGGCGAGGUUCAACUUGAUUGCACUUUUCCUUCAACUUUCAUUCACCCGGGGUUGGAGACAUUACAGAAAUUUCAAGUACUGUAGCAUGUUUUCUGUGUUCGAAACUAAUUUUUAAUCGAUUUUUUCUUGUGCCUUCCCUCAAAUGCACUCAAGAGGAAUGGUUCCAAAAUAAUGAAUGAAUUUCAAUAUUUCAUGCAUUCUCUGAAAAACUUUGAAGAAGAUCAUCUCGAAGUCAAUGAGUUGGUUGUUUUCAAAAGAGCUUUUGACCUUUUCUUGCUCCCGCUCAUUUCAUUUUUUCUGCUUUGUCAAAUUUCUCCGGUUUUCUUCGGUCGAUAAACUAUCGAAAAUUCUUCAUUAACCUCCCGCAUUGAAGUUGAUUUGAGAUGUACUGUACCAUGUACCUUGUAUGUGCGGAACGAAUUAUCGUAUUUACGUUACAUAGUAAAAAACGUAAAUAAAAUGAAAUAAAUAAAUGGAAAAUUGGGAUGUGGAUGCCUCACGACAAAAAGAUUUUCCUUUGACUGGGUAGACGCUGCACUGAAGCAUUAUAAGUUUCGUAAUAAUGUCUCUUGUUUUCCGUCAAUUGCAGCUUUGGUCCAGUCAUCAGGUUUUGCUUGUGAAACCCGCUUUGUUUUCCCAGACUCAGUAUCCGCAGUGCUUGUGUGUCUGUCUGUCUGUCCUUUUCUCCCCCUCGGAAAAUGGGGGAAUCGCGGUUAGGUUUGGACGUCGGCGGCGACUGCGACGAAUUUUCCGCCGGGCCAGACAAGGUCAUGGAGAAAGGGUAUUGCUUCGUCGCCGUGGACCUGAGUUAUCCGUCGUGUCGAGUUGGCGUCCACGAUCUCCCGCUUCCGAUUUUCCAACGUCGCGGAAUGAUGACUGACGUUAGCGCGAGUGUGUGGAAAAGCUUUGUUGUCGGGCACUUGAACCAAAACGCCGUUCGUGACUUGGAAACGAUGGAUGCCGACAGUCGGAAGAUCGUGGACUUUGAGAUCCGCAUGGCCCAGUUCCUGUGUUUGCCUGCGAUUCUGGUGGACCUUCCGGACACGGGCACGCGUUUGCUGAGUGCGUUGCUCGACGCCCGCUUGGGCAUUUCCAAACCGCGUCAUUUCCACCACCAUCGGUGUCCCUGUGUGUGGGCCAGUGUGAAUUUGGGUUCGGUGGAUGCUUGGGAUCGCUGGAACGACUUCCGAGCGGCGUUUCCGGUCACCAAGAUGCUGGGCGUGGUCUUGGAACUGCCGGCCGAUGGGUCCAUGCCUGGCCCUAGGUGUGUG